UCGGAUGUGUUCCUACUGCCCAUACCCAAAUCUAUGCCCUUCUUUAGGAGGGAAUCAGUCCUGCUGUGGCCUGGGGGGCUAUGACAGCCACUAUAAAUAGUGACAGAGAAGUGUGAGUAUGGCAAACUGUUACUGGACUCCCCCCAAGAGUUCUAUCUGUCUUAAAAGGUUUCACAAAAGUCACAGAAAAAAGUCCUCUGACGAAAAGCUUUACCUUUGGCUGUUAGAUCUGGAGAGUUUCCCCGCCCCCUCAAUGGACAACAAAAAGUCAUCGAGUGUCAUACUGGAGAAGGUGAAUUACAGAAAGUGAAGUGUUUCUGCGUCUCACGGCUUUAUUAAAUACUAACGGGUUGGAUGCUGGCCUAAGGCAUCUCAAGAAAUUCAGCAUGAGGAAUACAACCGAAGAUGGAAAAAUCGACUGCGAGAUCAAUCACAUGAUCCAUCAAUACCUAUUCUGCGCCACCUACAUCCUGGUCCUACUGAUAGGCGUACCUACUAACCUGUACUCACUGUACCAUGCCUGGCAGCAGACACGGGCAAGCAACCAGCUGGGCAUCUACCUUCUCAAUCUGACUGCCUCAGACCUGCUCUAUCUCGCCUCGCUCCCCCUCUGGCUGCAAUAUUUCUUCCAGGAUGACAACUGGACGUACAAAGAGUGGCUCUGCAAGUUGUGUGGCUUCCUGCUCUACCAGAACAUCUACAUCAGCGUGGGCUUCCUCUGCUGCAUCUCCAUCGACCGCUACCUGGCCAUCGUCUACCCUCUGCGCUCCAGACGUUUCCGUACCAUGCGGGCGGCCAUGGUGACCAGUGCCGUCAUCUGGCUGAAGGAGCUGGUGGUGGGCACGGUCUUCUUCCAGACCAAGGAGCUUAGCACAGACCGAUUAAACCACUCCAUUUGUUUUGAGCACUAUCCCAUCAUGCCAUGGGAGCGCGUCAUUAAUUAUUACCGCUUCUUUGUGGGCUUUCUGUUCCCACUGGGCAUCCUUUCUGUAUCGUGCUUCUUAGUACUGCGGGUCGUGAGUAAGAGCACGGGCACUCAGGACGACCAGAAGAUCCGCAUCAAGCACCUGCUGACCGGUACAGUGGUGAUCUUCCUGGUCUGUUUCUCCCCAUACCAUGUCAUCCUGCUGCUGCGUACCAUACUAGAGAAAGACUGCUUCUUUAUCAGCAGCAUAUUCAACUACUACCACUUCUCUCUGAUGCUCACAAGCUUCAACUGCCUGGCUGACCCGGUGCUAUACUGUUUCGUCAGCGAGAGCUCGCGGCGGGGUGUGCGUCAAACGCUGACCACAUGCACCGAGUUCUUAACAUACCGCCGUCGGGGGAACUGCGGCAUCUCCAGCAAGUCCCCCUCCUCGAAGGAGAGUGGGACCUCCUUCAUCCCACUGCAGUCCAAGAUCAAGGAGGUGGGGAGGAUUGCUGAGAACACAAUAACGGUUACAGCAUCUCUGAACUAAGGGAUGUCAAAGCUACUGGAUGGCAAAGCUAAGUCUUUGCUAGCUGACAAGACAUUAAGUAGCAACUGAGUUACAAUGUUAUUCUUCAUGUAACUGACUGGGGAGUGACACUGUGCCUCUGGAGUUCCCAUAAUCUUCCACUGUCUGUUGGGCUUUCCUACCACAGUACAAAACCAUGGUUUUUAAGUGAAUUUGUGUCUCUAAAAUUCCCCUAGUGUGCGCGUCCUCUGCCAGCUGGGAUAGGUUCCAGGUUCAUCAUGGUCCUCUACUGGAUAAGCGUUUAUGAUAAUAUAUGAUGAUGGAUGCAAGAAUUCCAGCAGGGCAUUUUCCUCGGGGUACAAAACCCUUGCUAUACCUCAUCCCAUCUUUGUUAUUCUAAAUGAAAGUCACAUUUUUUUUUCAUUUGCAAAACUUGAAAACUGCUUGACCUCAUUAGGUAAAUGUUUUCACAUCACGGUCUUCUGCAUCUGCUCCUGGAUGUUGUCUCCAGGCAAAGAGCUGAUAAAAACUGACUGAUGUUAAGAUAAAUAAGGUCUUUUAUCUGCUGUUUGUGUAAGUUGCAAGAAAAAUCUUUGUUGUUCACAUUUCCUUUCUUGCCUGCCAUGAAACAUGCAUAUAUAGGUGAGAGUGACACUUGGGAUCACAGUGUAGAGUCAGCCAUUUACCAGACAUUCCUGGAGCAGUUUCUGGGAUUUGGGGCCUCGCUCAAGCACCCAGCCGUGAUCACUUUGCCAGGCACAGGAUUUGAACCAGCAACCUUCCAGACAUGGGUCUCAUAUCCUUAGCUAAACUACUCGGUGUUACCAUGGAAGUUGUUCUCUAGACUCUAUUUGUAGAGAAACUUAAGAAUGAAUGUUUUGUCAUCCACAUUGCUCAAUGGCAGCUCAUUUCACCACACCCACGAAGGUCAGGAAAAUCCACGUCCCUUACGACAGAGAAACACUUCGUUCAUUUUGGGCUAGCUGUGUCAUGAAGGGUACCUCAUUAUCUGAUCAGUCCCUGAUGUUCUCUCACCCUAAUGUUCUCUCACCCUAAUGCUCUCUCACCCUAAUGAUCUCUCACCCUAAUGUUCUCACACCCUAAUUAUCUCUCACCCUAAUGAUCUCUUACACUAAUAUUCUCUCACCCUAAUGUUCUCUCACCCUAAUGUUCAGUCACCAUAAUGAUCUCUCACCCUAACGUUUUCUCGCACACAGCUCCCCAAUAUUGAGCUAAACUUCCACCAAAAUGAAUAAUUAGUAACUUUGGGGCUGGAGCUUUUAACAAGUUCCAACAGAAACGGCAAAAAGUCAUCGGCAGGAAAUACCCACAGAAUGUCCGGGUUAGUAGCACUUUUGGGUCACAAGUGACUCCUGUGACGGGGAUGUAUUACAAAGCGAGAAAACGGGUCAAACGUCAGAAGGUGAUGUGCCAACGUCAUGUGCUGGUUGGCGUGGUGAGGGAGACGGCAGCAGUGCCGGCAGCUUGGGGAUUCACUGCUCUAAACGUGUGAUGGUAUCCCGUUAAAGUCAGCCACUGCGGGACUUCUGCACUUCUCACGCGUGACUCAUGCUUUGAAGGUGACACUGUAACAGAUGCACAGGUCUGUAGGAAAAUGUUAGUUCUGCAUUAAUGGAAUAAAAUGGUUUUGUGAUGCACUUAAAGAUGCUUGCAUGGUGUGAGUAACUAAAACUGUAUGCCUGAGUGAUGAAAUAAAUCUGUGUACUGAU